ACAUUCAUUAAAGAUAAAAAAUAUUGCACAGUUUUCAAAAAACUUGAUGGACUUCUUCUAAAAACUACUAUUUCUGUCAGAAAUAUACCAUGACUUUCAUGUACCAAUCAGUCUGUCGUACACUCAUAAUACAUGUACUGUGUAUAUGCUUUGUACUUUAAGGGGAAGCCUUAUAAUGAUCAUGGACAUUGUACUAACUGAGAAUGUCAUUUCUCCCUCUCUUUGUUUUUAAUAUAAUGACUAAAAUAGGCUGUAAUGGAAAAGAUUCAGUGAGAAAUUAUCUUUGAUAUUUUAUGAUCAAAGCCCUGACAGUGGUGUUAUUGUAUAGUUUCUGAUUCAUCGUGAUGAAAAAUUAACUCAAUUAUCAAAAAUAAACUAAUUUUCAUCCGCAGCCUCAGGGUGGGACUGGUGUCCAAUACCACAUUGUCGAGUCCAUAAUAUAGUCACUGUGUGGUCAGUGUACAGAGAGACUGCAGUAGGGAAGAUUAAUAAAUCAUUAAUUGGCACAAAUUCCAAUAUUUUGCCAGAUUUUGGCCCACAGGGAAAAAUUGUCAAUGUGUCAUGGAGAAAUGUUUGUGUGUCAUUCCUUUAAAGGCAACAGUUGGAAUAUCUCAGCUCCGAUUCACUGCUGGAAUGUUUUAUUAAUUUUAAUAACUUUAAAAUAGAAAUAAUGGGAAAAAAAGUGGUUGGUGGAUGUGAAAAGUUUAAUUGAAUGUAAAUUUGAAUCUUGUAAACAGGGAAACGCCUAUUUUUGAAAAAAAAAAAAAAAAAAAAAAACCUGAAAUGAAAUAUAAACAAAAACAGUUAAGUUUGGAGAAAUUACUCUUUAAAAUAAUAUUGCAAAAAUAUGAAAGAAAACAAUUAAAUAAAUAAUUAAUUAACUAUAGGUAUAUUUGCUUGUUUUUCUUCAGAAUUGAUGCACACUUUUCGGAGUUAAUUUGUUAAAACACAGUUUAAACCAAUGAAAAUUAGAAAAAUUAGUUUCAUGACUUAAACAAAACAAGUCAAAAUUUCCCAGUGAAAACAAGAUGUAAUCAUAAUCCAGUUUUGUGUGAAAUGUGAAAAAAUCAUCCUUUGAAGUUUGGAAAAUGAAGAAAAAGAUUGGUGAAUUAUACAAAAACAGUAUUUGAUUGUUAAAAAAAAUGUUUGUGGUUAUAAGUGGAUUGGAUGAGAAUGAACGCUGUGGCUUUUUUCUAUAAUGGAUUAUUAACAAAAUGUCAAGUGCAAAUGAUAUUUUUGUAUAAUACAACACUUGAACCCCAUUAAAUCAUCCAAAUGUGGGAGAUUAUAGUAUCAUUCACACACGUUAACAUGAAAUUGUUUGCUAUUUAAGAUGAAAAUCAUCUUGAAACUUUUUAAUUUUAGAAACUGUCAUUAGUGGUUCAAUUCAGCUUUUAAGAAUAAACCGUGUGUUUAGAAUUACGGAAAGUAGGUUCAGAGAUCUCAAGUCGAAAUAAUAAAAAGCGUACAUAACAUACAGUUUGAUUAACACUGACGCAAACACUUCUAUUAAUGUGAUGUAAUAUCAAGAAAAGUAAUGAUAUUAAAUAAUUAAUAAUAAUCGGGAUGUUUUUCUGCUCGAGGUUACAUAAAAUAAUAAUGGAAAGUUGUUAAUUUAAUGUCGGAUUUGUAGCCUUUUUAUCAGCGCUAUUGUUUAUCAAUUAAGUCAAGGUAACGUAAAUCGGUAUGUAUUAUUCAAAGAAAGAAAGUAGAAGUAAUUAUUGUUACAUGAAAGAUCAAUGGGUUUGGUAGAAUUGCGAGAAUUACAACUGCCGCUGAUAAAAUCAUACUUUGUCAAGACUACUAUAGAUCAAGACUCCAAGUGUAAUUAUUUUUCUUUUCUGGAAUUACUGUGGAGCUUAAAAAAGUAACAAUUAGUAUUGUUCUUGGGCAGUUAUAUUUUUUUCUCAUUCUUUUAUUUUUAGCUAAGCUGUUUAAUAUAUUUAGUCUGUUCAGAAUUAGACUCAUUUAUAUAGACAUAAUUAUAUUCAAAAUUAAAUAUAUUUUUAUAAAUGCUGAUUUGCAAAAGUCGCUGAAACAUUCAUUAAGGAUAUCUUAGGGAUUCAGUUACUUAUGAAAGGAUCAGUUUUUUUUUUUUAGAUUUUGUUGACAUUAACUUCGUCCUGUCAAGAAUAUAGUGUACAGCACCUGUGAUUUUUGACAGGUACAAAAACUAAAUUUAGAGAGAAAGUUGAAAUUGAAUACAGAAUUUGUAGGUUUAGCUCACCUUGAUUUGAUGAAAGGAUGCAGAUUUGUAAUUAACAUGUUUGAAAAACAGGUGGCUUGAAAAGGAAAUUGCAGUGUUGUAAAAACAUGCGGAUGAAUUAAUUGGAUUGCAUGCCUUUUCAAUAAUCUGUUGUACCUUGAGGUUUUUAGAUUGUGUGUAUAGGGAAAGAAAAGUGAACUUUUUAUGAAGAUAAGUUGAAAGAAAACCAGGGGAAAUUAAUGUUACCUGUUGUCAGAUUAUCAUCAGGAUAUUGUGAUGUUUUAAUUGAUAACAAAAAGAUUUAUAAAUAAUGCUUAAAAGCUUAUGCUGGAGAAGAUAUGCAGGCUUGUUAAAAUUUACAGUUGUAGGAUGAAAUAAUGAUAACAUGGAUAUAGAUUGUUGUAUAGUGUUAAAAGAAAACGAUGAAUUUUUAUUGAAUUAUGGAAAAUAAUUGUUACUUACAAUAGAAAAGUAAAAAUGUUGAAAUUUCGGAGAAGCGUUAGUAAAGCAGAUAAUGGGAGUGACGGAAACAAUAGUGAUGUUGUUAACAACAAUAGCUGUAUCCCGGCUCCAGUUUUGGAUAAUAGGAAACCAGCAAUGGAAAAUAAAAAUUCCAGAUUUGGAUUUAAUGUGAACAAAGCAGUGAAUGAGUUUUCCAUGUCCCAAAAGAUCUAUACAGACUGGGCUAACCACUACCUGGAGAAAGCACGGAGUAAACGUUACAUCUCCGACCUUCAGCAGGACGUCACAGACGGCGUUCUCCUUGCUGAUGUCAUAGAGGCUGUCACUAAUGAGAAACUUCAGGACAUAAAGACCAAACCGAAGAACAGUGCACAAAUGGUUGAGAAUAUAAACACUUGUUUGACAUUCCUGGUGAACUUGGGUGUCAACAUAGAUGGUAUAACAGCCAAAGAUAUUCGUGACGGGAACCUGAAGGCGAUACUUGGGUUGUUCUUUAGUUUAUCACGACACAAACAACAGCAAAAGACGCAGCAGCAACAGCAGCAAAAACAGGAACGUCAACAUCAAGUGGAGACUUCUGAUAACCAUAGCAACAGUAAAACAGGGAACCAGGUCAACGGAGAGGAAAACCAGUCUAGACUACCAUCCUACAACAGACAACAAGGCAGUAAAUGCCCAACAAUAGCACACCCUUCUGCUAAGGACACUGGGCAAGGUCGAAGCAAGUCUCAAGGUCAGGGAUCAAAGGGCAAGCAACAGGGUCAAACCAGUAAUGGAAGCUCACAACAAGCUACUUCUGGUGCAGAUGUGAACAGUAUAUCAGAUCCUGGAUCUUCAGCUCUACGGGCCACAUCGCCAGCAUCAACUGGUAUUCCUACACCAUCUGGGCGAGGUUUGCCACCUCGUAGUCAGUCUGCAACACCAGACAAACCACAGAAUCGUAGCAGUCAGAGUGGCUCACAGAUCCCUGGAAGCCAAGGACAAAGGUCAAAUAUUCCUGGAAGUAAACAGAACUCUAUGUUGGACAAAUUUAAACUAUUCAAUUCCAAGGACAAAGUAAAAACUAAAGGAAGUGCAGGAAAAAGUAGUUCUAAAGCAAAUAGUACAGGAAAUAGUAGCACUAGUACUAGCACAUUAAGCACAAGCUCGCGUAGUGAUACAUCUUCAUCAAUUAGUGCAAGAAGUUCAAGUUCAGCAGACGCAGGUCCUAGUAGUAGUGCAACAAGUACAAAUGAUCCAGACAGUCCUAAAUUAUCAAAGCCCCGCCCAAUAGUGGGUGGGGCUAUUUCUGGAAAACGUGAAAAUCUUGGAGGAUUAACCAUAGGUCAUCAACAAUCCAGACAGACUUCCCCCUCCCCAUAUAGUAGCUCCCUUCCCGCUACCCCUGUAUCCUCAUUACCCAUAUCUCACAGCAAGAAAUCAGGAGGGAAGUCUGGAAGAAAUAAUGAAAGUCAGUUACGCUCACAUCUGCAAUCGGGCUCACAGACCCUCACCAAGUCUUCAAAAGGUGGAAGUCUGAUACCAAAAUCUGGAGGCAAAGCCCAGAAAUCUUCAUCUACCCUGUCCCUUACUAGUUCUUCAUCUGGUUCACAAGUUCCAACUUUUGGAAGUUCACUUCCAACUGGAAGCUCAAUUCCGACUCCGGGAAUACCUGUUCCAAAUUCUUCCAUUCCAAAACCAUCUCAGUCUUCAAGCAAACUUUCUAGAAACAGUAAAGAGGAGAAAAUGAGAGGUGCAGGAUAUGCAUCACCCCAGAGUAUGAUUCCUCAAGGUCAAGGUCAGAAUCAGCAGACGGCAAGUUUACCAAAGAAAUCUCGAUCACAUGGUUCAUCUCAGCAACAACAACAACAACAGAUUCAGCAGCACUACCAGCAACAACAAGCAGCUGCAAAAUCUAAUUCCAACAAUUCAUCUCAGGGCCAAAUUUCCAAUAAUUCUCAGUCUUCCGCAGCACCACCUGUACCACCGCAUCGUAAUGGUAGUACAUCUUCGAACGGUAGUCGUCCUUCAAACUCAAAUCAACAAACAACUAAAGGAUCAUCAUCAUCACCAGUUAAAUCGCCACAAGAUGGAUCUACCUCACAGAAAACCAGGUACACAGAAAUAGAAUACACAGACGGCAAAAUAGAAAGAGUAGGUGAAGGUCAUUUUGCCAAACCGACCAAUCAGGCAGUUGUCAGUAACCCAUCAGGAAAUAGAGAUUUCAGUCAUCCAUAUUUAAUCACAUCGCAAUCAGUGAAUGUGGUGAAACCCACAUGUAGCUCACCACAUCCUAAAUCUGCAGAUAGCAAUACUCAAACGACAGUGUCGAUCAUGCAUAAUCGGUCGGCACAACCUCCGCCAUUGCCGAAAACUGAACCACCUCCAUCAACACGGACAACUGUGAACAAUAAUUCUCAAAGUUCACAGGCACAGUCAAAUACUUCAAAUAAGAUGACCAGUCAGGUCUCCAACAGCAACAACCAACCUCAGUCGCCAGGAAAGAAAGACUUGCUGUCAACGAAAAUACAGGAAUCACCAGAGGCACCAAGUACAAGUAGUUCUUCCAAUGAUAGUGUAAUUAUUAAUACAAGUGCUACAAACUCUCCCAGACUGGGUAUCAAACUUGGUUCACAAACAACACGCCCAGCGAACAAUGUUGCAAUAGUACAGCCGCAUCAUGGUGAAAAGAAAGAAACAACAUUUGAUAAAGAAAUCAGGACUGAUGUUAUUAAAGGUGAAAAACAAAACGACAGUUCAAAAGAUUUGGAUAAAAGUAAUAAAGAAAAUGCUCUUUCAGAAAAGAAGGCAACAUUUAUUGCAGACUCUGGUGAAACAUUGGACAUUAAGCCAAUGGAGCCAAUCAAUAGAAACAUGCAUUAUGCUCAAGGUUUUAUGGGAAGGUAUGCUUCUCCAGGAAAGCCACUGCCGAUUUCAGUCUCACAAAAUCAGUGCUAUGCGAUGACCGGCAUCUCACCAAACAGGAUGGGUGUAAAUCGAUCAUUAAUGGAAGCAAACAAGUUUUAUUCAGGAUCUAUAAAAAGGGCUACCUCAAGUGGCUCGGGAAGUGUCUCGUAUGACGACUACAGUUCAGAUUAUGAUACUUAUGACUAUAUAUCUGGGUACAUGUCAGAUGGCGAUAUACUGAAGGGAAAGAAUAUGGACGAUAUGUCAUCGGGCUACAUGAGUGAGGGUGGAGCUUCUCUGUAUGCACGCCGUCUGCAGCAAAGAUUCCGAGAGGGUAUGCAGGCUGUCAAAGAAUGUAUGCAGAAGAGUAACAACGUUGACGAAGACAGUUUAGUCCCAGGUUAUUGGGAAGAUAUGUAUAUGUUUGGUUUGAGUAUCAAACCAAGAAAAAUGAUGGAUAAAUGGCCAGUAUCAGUGAGGAAUGAAUUUGUUGGCAUCAUGAAUUCUGCUCAGAAUAAAAUGCGAACAAAUGGAAUGUUUUUACGAAAUUUUGAUUCAAAACGCUACCAAGAACUUCAGGCUCAGAAACAGAAAAUUUUAGAGAAACAAAAAGAACUGCUAAGAAUCAAAGAAAAGAAAGAGAAGAAAGAAGCUAAAAGGAAGAAAAAGUCAACUGAAAGUUCAGAAGAGUUACAGAGUUUUGCUGCUAUUCCAGAAUCUGAAGCUGAAACUAAUGAUGUUGUAUCUGAUGCUACAGACACAACUGCUACUUCAGAAAAUGAAGGCACAGAUAUUGAGUCAGAGAGAAGAGGGGCAGAAUGUGCAGAAGUAAAUAAUGCAUUAACGAAUGAACUGGUCAGUUCUGUACCAGAGGAAAGUUGUGCACCAAGGAAAGGUGCAGACGUUUCUAAAGAUGUGCCUAAAUCAGAAUCAGAAAUAGGAACUAAAAAUGAAGAUACUAAGCUUAAGAUAUUGGUAAAAGAAGACGGCAUGAGAAAGAAUGAAGCAGACAAAUUAAAAGAGGCAAACAUUGUGGUCAAUUUAGAGCAGCCUUCAGAACAAAAAACAGAUUCUACCAUUUAUAGUUCACAUCAGUCACCUGCCAAAGCAGUGAAAGAGUAUGCAAUUAUUGCAAAACUGAACAAAGAAGCAAUUCUCAGAGAAACUGAGCUUGUUGUUCAAAAAAGUGAAAAAUUGUUUGCUGGACUUAAUAGUGAUAUAUCAAAAGAAGAUAAAAAAAUGGCUAAACAGUCUAAAACAAAAAGUGAAGAACAAAAGAAAGGCAGUCCUAUAAAACGUGUUAAAACAAGCACAGAUGCAUAUGCUGUCGUGGAUAUAGGUGUUACAAUGUCUCUAGUGAAUGAAGUUAAUGAAACUAAAAAUGAUAAAGAGAUAAAACAAAAUUCUGAGAUUACUGAAUCUGAUAAAACAAAACCUGAUAAUAUAAAAGAUGUGAACUGUGAUGCUAAGUUCUAUAUUGAAAAUAAGGAUAAUACCUAUAUUAGGACUCAGAAUUUCAUGUCACGAAGUGCUGGUUACAAUGGAGAUAUUGAUACAUCAACAUCAUCAAUUGAACCAGAUAUUGAUAUUGUAGUAGAUCACUAUCUGGCUGCAAAGUUUAUGAUAAACAAUAAGGAAAGACUGGUGAUCACUGAAGAGCAGUUAUCAAGUCUACAGCGUAUUGGUUCAUCCUCCUCUGGUUUUGAUGACAGCAGUUCUAUAAGUAGUGGUGACAUUAGCGAUACAAUAAAUGAAAUCAGCACUGACGAGGGAAAUCUGACUGGAGGUUCAGGGCAGGAUGGAAACCCCUAUAGUAGUUUGAAACGUGGACCCAAGGACCUAUUCAGAAAUCUAACAAAUGCAAAUCUGCAUGCCUCACCCGGAAAACGGGUUCCAAAUUUAGGAACCAGUGCAUUUUUAGGUUCCGAUUAUGUGAGUGAUGUUCCAAAGCCUGGAGAAGUUCCGCAAGUUGGAUUUAGAAAAUUCUCAUUGCAAAAUAAUCGUUUGCUAAGCAGUGAUCCUGCUGAUUAUGCCUAUUUGUAUAAUGGAUAUGAACAAUGGCGUGGUGGACCAGGUCAGCCACCUGCUGGUUAUAACCAGGAGGCGUUAGGCCACUUACGAAAACUUUCACAGCCAGAUAUUCACUUUAGAUCUCAGAGUUCCACUGGUGAUUAUGCUGGCAGUGACAAAGGUUAUCCUAGUACAAAAUGUGACUCAGAAACAAACACUGACCAGUCUCAUGUGUAUGAAUCAAGUGUACGAAAAAUGCAAAACAUUCAGAAUGCACGUGGAAUUCAGGGUGGUGGGGUCGGAUAUGGAUAUCAUCGUCGACCAUUAAGUAAUACAAGUACAGGGUCUGUUGGUAGCACAAAAAGUGCACCAGGCGGGCCCAUGGGAAGUCCAGCUGGAAGCCCUGCUAAACCAGGCUCCAAUGUUGUGGGAACACGCUUGGCCAAACAUGGACUUGACCAGAUAGCUCAACAAUACCAUGCUGCUACCUCAAAACAACGGCAAGAGCAAAGUAUAGCUGCUCAAAACCAGAAACCUGGUGGUCAACAGGAAGGGGGCAAAAUACCAGAAUAUAGCAGUGCCUCACUUGAAAGGAGGAGCAAAUCAUCCAGUGCUGCUCAAACUGAUAUGGACAUGUUUAAAUCUAACUCUCUAGGUCGUAGAAAAGGUAUGGGACCUAUGAUACCACAGCCUGGCGAAAAUGGGCAGUUUAAUAGUACGAUAAUCUCUAAUCCUCAUGCAACUUACAGUAGGCCAGAUGGCAGCAGACACAAUAGCCCAUAUAGUUCAGUUCAUAUACCAGGUACUAGUUUUACUGGAAAUUAUGUGCCAUUAGAAUUUGCAAUGGGUAGUCCAAGAAAUUCUGGAAACACUGGUGGCUGGAUUCGCACAAACAGUGGUGCAGUUACUGCGGAUGGCAGACAUAUUUAUCAUCAUGUAUCCGACAGUGAAAGUAUGGAUGCCCUCAGUUCUGUUAACAGUAUAAAUGCCAGGAUCCAGCAAGCACGUGCACUCAGUGGUGCAAGUGCUCGAAUUUUGGCACAGUCAUCACAUUAUGGGCUACAGAGAUCAAACAGUAUGAAAUCAACACGAUCAGACUCAGCGUAUGCUAGCCCUCAACAUUUACAACAACAACACUCAGAAGAUCUCCCAAGUCCGCCACCUCCAACAUCGCCAACACCUAGCAACAGUUCACAUGCGUCAUCCAGGUUUACAUUCCCGAUGACAUCUUACGCAUCAGGUCAGACCCCUAAUCAACCAUUGGUGCGCUCAAAUACAAGUAGCAGUCUGCCAUAUGGAACUCCUUUGGCGUUAACAAAAAUGAAUCGUGGAGAAGAUGAAGAUAGUUUACAUGGUUCUUCCCUGUCCUUGGUGUCCAGUUCAUCAUCUGUCUACUCAACUGCUGAAGAAAAACAGCAAGCAGAGGUAUGUUUAUCAGAUUGUAUAUUAGUGAUAGAAGUUAUUCUUUCUUCCAGUGAGGAAAAGGGUGGUAACAUAGAAAGAAUACUGUUGGAUUUGAUUGAGAUUUUAACAGAAGCUGAAAUGCUAAAAUUUCGUUUGGAUAAAUCAUUAAAAAGGAAGAAAUUGCAAAAGAAAGAAUCAAAUGAAAUUUACACAGUCAAAGUUGAAGCUGAAAAUGUUAACAGAGAAGUUAAUACUACUGAAGUACCUAAAGUAUGUGCAAGUUCUAAAGUACAGAACACAUUAGAAGAGGAGCAGAAUUUUGAUCAAGAUAAGUUGAAAUAUUCCAAUUUAAAGACUGGAAUUUGUAAUAUUGAAGCAGUUUCAAGCAUUAAUGAUGAUAUUAAAAAAGACUUAGAUCUCAGUGCCUGUAAAUUUGAAAUGGCAAUGAAGGGUUCUUGGAAUGAUGUUAACAAAGCAGGAAAAGUAGAUGCAAAAGGCGAAAAGGCAGCAGAAUUUGAAACACAUAAGAGAAGUAAAAGCAGGGAAGCUAUACAAAUCAAAAAAAUCAUUCCUGAAAAUGACUCUCUGUUGAAGGCAAACCAGACUAAAUUUGGAAAAGGUUCUAGGUCAUUAGAAGACCUUGGAAUGACUUUUGGUGGCAUUGCUAAAAGUAAACUUAAAACAAAACAUAUUAACAAUCACAGUUUAACUGAUGUUAAUAAGGGUUUUGCAGGUGGAUUAGCAACUGUUCAAAAGGUGGAUGCUGGAAAUAAUAUAAUCGAAGCUGUAAAAGAUGAUAAAAGUUAUUCUGAGAAGUUAGAUGUAUCAAACAAACUUGCUACAGGUAAUCCAGAAGUUGAAAAGCAGGAUACGGAAAAGUUAAAAGAGCUUAAAUCAGUGGAAAGACAUCAAAAGUCUGUGGAAGAGCCAGACCUUCUCUGGGAUGUCUCUAAUGAUUGGAUGAAUGUGGAUAAGGGUUUUCGGUACGUCUUGUUUGGAGGAAAUGGAAUUAUUGUGAAACAUUUUGAAAAGCUUGCUGUAUUGGUUUGCAUGAUGAGCGGGGAACCAAAUGAAAUGCCGAAAUUGUUGGCCGGCUGGUUGUUGUCCUCAAAGUCAUAUGAUACAGAUACUGAUGAUGAUACCAUUGGUUCCGAUGUGGAAUGUCCAUUCGAUGCACAUGUUGUGGCUGCGUUUGAACAGAGCCUGUCCAACAUGACCCACAGACUGCAGCAUCUCACAAGUACAUCAGAACAAAAGGACUCCGAGUUGAAUGAGUUACGAGCUACAAUAGAAGCACUGAAAAGGCAAAGUGGUUUAAGUGUGCAAGAACAACCCCUGAAUAAUGGCGGCAGUUCGGGUCGUCGCCACACGACCCCGGGGAUGCUGGGUAAAGACUUGAAUGCUCAUCAUGCUCAAGGAGGUAGAGUGUUUCAUACACUCCCAAUGCCGACUGAGGGAAGUCGAAUUCAGCGUCAGAUCUCGUCGGAUUCUAUGUCAAGUAUAAACAGCAUGUCAAGCGCGUGUAGUUUCUCAAGCCAACAGUCAGCUGUGACGGACAUUGAAGCUGCCAAAAAGAAGAAAAAGAAAGGCUGGUUACGAAGUUCAUUUAGCAAAGCUUUCAAUAAUAAGAAGAAGAAUCGAAAUGGUUCCCUGUCUGACUGUGAGCAGGAUACCAAUAGUUUAAGAUCUACAUUAUCUGUUCCAAAUUCACCAUUGUUACAAGUUCACAUGCUAAACGGACAGCAUCCGCUCAACAUCAAGGGAAGUCACUCUUCUGGAGCACUGUCCGAUGGUGAAGAGUCAAUUACGAUUAUGGAGUUACGGAAACAGUUACGAGACAAAGACAUGAAAUUGACAGACAUACGUCUAGAGGCUCUGUCGUCUGCUCACCAACUGGAACAACUUAGGGAAGCCAUGAAUAAGAUGAAAAAUGAUAUGUGUGCCUUAAAGUCGGAUAAUGAUCGGUUAGCACGUAUGGUGCAGUCAUCUAAUUCUCUCAACACUUCCCAGAAUUCAUUGCAACAUCAUAACCGUACAAGCAGUGAGUCACUGGAACGAACUAUAAGUCUUACAGAAAAUACCAGUUUGGCUGACUUACUGAUACAAGAGUCCCCUGACAGAGGGGAAGGUCGGCGGGUCCCUAUUACAGUUCAUCUGGGGUCAAAUCCAGACCCAAACAGGGCAAGGGUUGAUAAAGCUGCAGAAGUUCCUAUAGGAUCAUUAGCUGUUAGCGGGAAAACUAAAUGGGAUAUUUUAGACAAUAUUAUCAGGAAGAUCUUCAAGGAAUAUGUGUUACGUAUAGACCCAGUUACAAAUCUUGGAUUAAGUGCUGAAAGUGUGUUUUCCUACCAUAUUGGUGAUAUUGUAAGAACUAAAGACUCAGAGGUUCCAGAGUUACUUCCCAUUGGUUACCUUGUUGGUGAUACAAUGCAGAUUGGAAUAUGUUUAAAAGGAACCAGACAGAACAGUGUAGACUCGCUGGCCUUUGAGACCUUAAUACCAAAGUCUAUCGUGCAGCGAUAUAUCUCACUCUUGAUGGAACAUCGGCGCAUUAUUCUGUGUGGGCCAAGUGGCACGGGAAAAACCUACCUUGCUCAAAAACUUGCAGAACAUCUUGUGCUCAGAUCUGGGAAGGAGCUUACUGCGGGAUCAGUAGCAACAUUCAACGUUGAUCACAAGACGGCGAAGGAAUUACGCCAGUACCUUGCCAACAUAGCUGAACAGUGUGAGAACACAAGUAUGGGAGAGUUGCCAAGUGUGAUCAUUCUUGACAACCUACACCAUGUUGGCUCUCUUGGCGAGGUGUUCAAUGGCUUCCUUAGUGUUAAAUAUCAAAAAUGUCCUUAUAUUAUUGGAACAAUGAAUCAAGCUACUUGCUCAACUACAAAUCUCCAGCUACAUCAUAACUUCAGAUGGGUGUUAUGUGCAAACCACAUGGAACCAGUCAAAGGAUUUCUGGGAAGGUAUUUAAGGCGCAGACUGGUUGAGGCAGAAGUGAUGACCAGUCUCCGAAACAAUGACUUAAACAAAAUCAUUGACUGGGUACCAAAGGUUUGGUUACAUCUGAACAAGUUCCUGGAGACGCACAGCUCAUCUGAUGUUACUAUAGGACCCCGACUAUUCCUGUCAGCUCCAAUGGAUAUCGGAGGAUGUAAGAUAUGGUUCACUGAUCUCUGGAAUUACUCCAUAGUGCCAUACAUGCUCGAGGCUGUCAGGGAGGGUCUACAGGUUUAUGGUAAACGUGCCCAGUGGGAAGACCCAACUGACUGGGUUCUAGAAACCUUCCCCUGGGGUAUCGCCAAAGAAGGAGAACAGAUAUUGUUGAGAAUCCGACAGGAAGAUGUCGGGUAUGACUCAGUCGGUCUUUCCUCGUCUGAAAAUAACAGUCCUAAGAUACAGAACAAAAACAAAGACGACAUAACUGUGCAGGACUCGGAAGGUGAUUCCAUGGUCAGUGAUGUAUAGUUUCCAUGGAAACAAAACAUGCAAUGCCCAUAGAUACCAGUGAUGAACAGUUUUCAUGGAAAUAUUUUAUGUGUGAAAAUGUGGUUGUCAUUUUAUGAUAUAAAUGUUACUUUUAGGUCAGUGACUUAGAAGUUGCUAUUGAAACAGUGCAAUUCCAUGGUUAAUUUGCUAUGGAAACAUGUUUUUUAUGGUCAUAUGUUGCCAUAUGUUGAUUUAUUUGUGGAACAAAUUAAGAGACAUAAAACUUGAAACCAGUGUGAUAUAACGGUAUAUGCUGUGAAGUUGUGAUGUUGUUGAGCUGGGAGGAGAUUACAGAUUGGAGAAUAUGUAUAUAACAGUUAUAAAUGUCAUAUUUAUUAUUUUAAUUGAAAACUUGUUAUGCUUGUAGAUAUAAAGUUGAUUUUGAAAUCCAGACAAUUGUGCUAAACACAAAUUUUGCCAAAUAUUGUUUUACCAAGAGAGGUUAUGGUGUAUCAAAAAGAUACAGCAAUUUGCCAGACCUAAAUACAAUAUACUGUAUAAAAACUGACAUAUAUGAUGGUCCUUAGAGUGGUGCAUUUUAGGAUCAAGACAAAUUUUGUCAUGUAAUUAUCUAUAUGAUUUAGAUUACCUUCGUUCAAAAGCAUUGUGUAGUUUAAAAUUAGUGAUGGUCUUUCAAAGAAUUCAAAUGUAAAGUGAAGUGCCAUUUUUUUCUCAAGUUUCUAUCUUAAAUUGAAAGCUGGUAUACGUUUAAAUGGAUGUUUAAGUUGUACCGAUGGUGACAUCAGUACUGUAAUUGUUACAGUGACUAUCGUUAGAUGGUUUUUAUAUUGAAAGUAUUCUUUUAUUGUGCAAUAGGGUAAAUGCAAUGUUUCUGUAGCCGUUUGUAGAUUUAUAGAAAUAGUUCAUGUCCAGUAUUGCAUUUAGGCAACUCAGAAUAAUUUUAUUCCAUUUUAUUCCUGAUUCUCUUAAUUUUACAAUAGGACAUAACUUUUUAGUAUAAUCUGUAGUCAUAUAAUUCAAACUACAAGAAAAGAUUGCAAUUUUUCUUGUUCUUGGUGCUGUCCAAUGUGUAUUCAGUUUAGAUAUGUAACUUUGUAGAAACUUUUAAGUUUUGUAUGCCUCUUUCAGAAUGUUCAUAGUUUCUUAAACAAGGACAAAAACACUUCAGGUUAGCUAUUUCAAACUUUUUACUAGAUCAGAUCUUACAAAAUGUUCUUGUAUAUGUACUGUUUCAUUCUUUGUAUUAUACUAUGUAGAAGAAGUAUGUAGGACCAAUAUGUUUUGCUGAUCUUCAUUUUUUUUAUAUAGAAGUUCUAUUACAUCUAUGUUCAAAAACCGCUGCUGUGACCAUCAUAGUGUUUACAUCAUUGUACCUCUAUACUGGAAUCAUGCAUGUCUGUCAAGUCCACUCCAUAUGAGCCAUGCCAUGAGAAAACCAACAUAGUGCAUUUGCGACCAGCAUGCGCAUCCGUGCAGUCUGGCUAGGAUCCAUGCUGUUCGCUUUCAAAGCCUGUUGCAAUUAGAGAAACCUUUAGCAAACAACAUGGAUCCUGACCAGACUGUGCGGAUGCGCAGGCUGGUCUGGAUCCAUGCUGGAUGCAAACGCACUAUGUUGGUUUUCUCAUGGCGUGACUCAUAUCUUCUUUACUGCUGGAAAAUUCUUCAUCAUCAGUUGUUAACCUCACAAAGGUCAUAUGCAGAGUGCAUAAUAUUCAAGGUCAAGGUCACACUUUGAGGUCAAAGGUCAAAUAGCCUAAUUUUGUGUACAUAUCUUUACCCCUGGUGAGAUUUUCAUGAAACUAGCAUUAAUUAUUUACUCCAACAAAGCCGAAAUUCAGUAUGCACAACCCAGUUCACUAGGUCCAAGGUCAAGGUAAUGCUUCAAGGUCAUGAUAGCAACAUUUUACUUUCACUGUAUCAAAAGUUCAACUUUUUAUCAUUACAUAAUUAUCAUUUUAUCAACAGUUAAGUGAUCAUUUAUUGAAAGUCAUCAAAGAUUUUAUGUUUUAGAUUGAUUUUUUAAUAGAGAGGUUGACAUUUCAAGAAGUGUUGGCGUAAGUAGAAAAUCCCUUAUGUUUAUAACCGAGCUGCGUUGGCCUAAUGGAUAAGGCAUCUGCCUCGCAAUCGGGAGGUUGAAGGUUCGAGCCCUGUUAGAGGUGGGACUUGUUGCUGAAGAGAGACUGGUUGGUGAGCCGCCAACUAGUUAAAUAAUGGUUAGUUACUGAUUGCCUCUUUUCCUGGUGCCUGGCAUUAAAAUAUAGUAAUUGGGUCCCAUAAGCCAACAUGGCUGGCCCUUUCAGUAGAGGUGGCACUACAAUAAACAAACACUUUACUUGUAACAAAGAUCUCCAGAAGUGUCAUAUUAAGUUUUCAUGUUUAUAAAAAUUUUACACAUUUUAAAACUUAUGUGUAUUUAACAAGAACAUUUUUAAUGUUUACAACUAAAAUGUGUUGGAAUGCAAUAAUAUUUGACAUCUCAGAUACUUGAAGAUUGAAAUCAAAAGUGAUUUUUUGAACUGCCAUAAAAAUUUGAAAUCACAACCACUCUGUUGCCUAUUAUAUCUGACUGUGUAGAUACGUAUAUGCAUGAAGUACAGUUAAUGUGAAAUUUACACACUACUAAACUAUGUUUAUUAUCAAUGAUUUUGGUGCUUAUUAAGAUUUCAUUUGAAAUAAUGUUUAUUUUACUUAACUUUUAAUGUUUGUUUAACUGUUUCUUGCCAUCACAUUAAGUUUAAAGACUUUAUUUAAGCAUUUGCAUUUUUGUUGCAUUUUUAUGCUUAUAUUGAUAUUUUACUGAAUGCAUAAAAAAAAUAUCUUUUUAAAAUAACACAAUGUCAUGUAUUUUCUUUUUUACAUUUUUCGUCAAUUCUAAUCAUUUUACUUUAUUGAUUACAACAGAACCAAUGGGAGAUGAGGUGAUAACAUGUAACAUACUGGGAAAUUUAAACGAUUUAUUUACUUUAUUGAUUGCACAGGUGUCAAGGCCACUUAUUAAAAUCAUUGGGUUACUCAUAACAUAUUAAGUAUAUCUGUUCAAAAAGUCUUAGAUAUUUUACAAUACGUAAUCCUAAGUUAAUUUUGAUUUAUUUGAUUUUAUUUACCAUUCAUUCCAAUAGUAAUCUGUUUUAAAUCUAUAUGGUAUAGUUCGGAAAAGCAUUUGUUAAACUUUGGUGCUGUAGAUUUAUGCAUAACAUCAAGUUAAUGCUGAAAGUGUGCAAGUGCCUUUUAUACCUGAUAUGCAUAGUGAUAUAUGUAGUGUCUGAAAUAUACAAGGUGGUUUCACAUAUUCAUCAAGGUAGUAACAAACACAAUGUUAAUAUAGGUAAUGUAUAUUAUGCUAAAUGCUGAAAUAUUCUGUAAAAUCAGAUACUUUUAGAAGACGAGAAUAUAAAUAAAAGCAUAUUUCCAAAAUCUGUGGUUUAACCUACACUAAAUGGUAAUAUUUGCACAUAAUUAUAAAACGUGAGUUUUCUCGAGAACUAAUUUUCUCAAAACAGUGGAAAAUUGAACCCACAUUUUUCCAGUUUUUAAACCCAGCGUGCAUCAGCAAAGAAAAGUACGAGGCACUUGCAUACUUUUAGUAACAUGAUGUUAAAUAAGGCUUCUUCUUAGUAUGUAGAAAUAUAUAUAGGGAAGCUUAGGGUUUAUGUGUAGAUAUAGCAGGCAAAACAUUCAGGAAACUACAUACUGCAGUCAGGAAAGAUCAUACUGCAGUCAGGAAAGAUCCUACUCCAUAUUCAAUUAAAAAAAACAAAAAACAUUGCAUUCAAGCAAGUCUUCUAAAAAUUUUAGAUAUACUAACCUUCAUCUUUUGGUGAUUCACUGAAAAAUCUAUCACAGAAAGUGAAAUAAAGGUCUGUUUUCAUACAAGUUGCGCAUUAUAUAUACUUUCCUGGAUGUUUUCUUGCAUACAUUUCGUGUUUCUUGUGAAUUUCUAAGGUUUUGCUACUGGUUUGACAUGAAGAAAAAAACCUUUACUAAGGUACAGAAAUUUAUGACAAGAUUGCAGCUUGUUCACAUAGAGUGAAUCUUCAGUUAGUGAGAUCAGAAACAAACUCCUUCCUGUAAUAAAUGCUACUUGCAAGGACAUUUUCAUCAGUCCUUGAAAUACCUCCUGUAGGAAGAAACAUUUACAACUGUCACAAACCAGAAAUAAAUCAUAGAAUGUCACGAGAACUUCAUUUUUUCGUACAUACCAUAAACCAUCUGCAUGAAUAUUUCAUUACCAUAACAACUUUACUAACAUACUUCAUCUUUAUGGUUAAAGGAGAAGGUUCACUUUUGUCAAAUGAAAAUGGCCUGACAAUUGAAACACUCUAAAUGGAGUAAAUUCAAAGUUUUCUUUCAUCAAGAAGUACUAUUUUAUCUAAAUGCAUGCAAUAUUUUACAAUUUAGCACUUUUAACAAUAUGGGUGUGGAAGGCAUUCAGUUUUAAGCCAAAUUUUUAAACAAAUCUGAAAUUUUCAAUAUUGGCACAGCUAUGGAGACCAUGAACCCUGUGAAAGAAGCUGGACUUCCAGUCAAAAUGCUUUUGGGCAAGAUAAUAGUUCUGUUUCCAUAAAACUAAAUUCAGUACAGAAGAUAAACAUUCUGGUAGCAAACGUAUAUUUUGUCAUUAUCAACAAUUUCAAAAUUUUCCAAAUGAAGUUGGCUAUGUAAGGAUAGAGUGAACCUUGUCCUGCUUCAUGGCAAAUAUGCUAAAUAACGAUGCAAAUCUUUAUCACAUUAUGUGGUCUUAUAUAGAUCUAAUUGUGUGGUCUGUUCUCAUAUAAAUUGUAUAUUGUUUUAAACGAGUAUAAUUCUCUAGAAAUGCAGAUAAGUCACAGUGUGUUCCAGGGACCUGAAUAUUUAUAACUGUACUGUGGUAAUGGCAUAUAGUUCCUAGGUUAUGUUAAGAUACAGAAAACACAGAUCUCAAGAUGUUGAAAUUGGGUUGUUCAGUAAGGAAGGAAUGAAAGCAUAUUUGCUUACUGUCUAUGACAUUUUCUGAUAUCAGUAACUGAGAAACAACAUUUUUGAGGCCAUUCUCAGAAGUGUAGUAUCUGAUUGGCUGAUUUUAAAUUGACCAAUGGCAAUCUUGCAUUCAGAGACUGGUCUCAGUUUUAUUGGACUCGGGACUGUGGCAAUUGAUUGUCCUUUCGAAUGUUGAAAAUUUGUACAGUAAAUGGUUUUAUUCUUAAAACUAAGCAUAAUAUUUUAAGGUUUUUACGUUAUUACAUAGAAACUGUUUUCUAUAUCUAUUAUUUCAUUAUUACCAGUCCACAUAUAUUUCAUAUGAUCAGAUAUUACGUAUACAUUGUACAUGUAGGUUACAGUUGUCCUUUUGUGGGGUUCCAAAUUUUGAACAGUUUUUCUGUUUGUAGUUUCAUUUGUACAUACAUUUUGUUAAAGAUUUUAUGUAUAUAGGUCAUAUUUAAGACAACAUUGUCAUGCAUUUCAUUACAUGUAUGUAAAACAAACCAUACUCACUACAUAGAGUACCCAGACAAGUGUGGUGAAUAAAGUUUUGAAAAUUA